AUGUCUUUUGUGGGUGAGCUACCUCAACAAAGACGUUCUUGGCACCGCUUUCUUUAUGGAAGUCACGUGUUUGUCGCAGGCAACGACCUGCAUCUGUACGAGAGCACAGGCCUGAUCAUCGAAGCUAAUCCGGAUCGGGCCCCAUUCCUGAAUGUGGAGGCUCUCUUGCUUAAAGCGCCUGAGCUAAGCCCUCUUCUGUCUUGUUCAACAUUGCGAGUUGCCAAGUCAUGA